AUGGACCACACAUACAAACAUUAUCUAAAACAACAUUAUUGUUAAAACCCAACCCAAACAAAACAUCAACAAAAUUUUGUCCACCUUAACUUUUUAAAAAAUAUGUUGUAAGAAAAAAAAACAAUAAAUUGGAGGACAGAAGAACUCCACAACCCAGAAUUCGAAGGCAAAUUUGGUAGGCUUAUUUGAAGGAGAAGAAGAUGUCCGGCGGUAUUCCAGUGAAUGCAGGCAACGGAAUGCAAUGGUCCACUGGCCUCUGUGACUGCUUCGACGACAUUGGAUCAUGUUGUUGUACGAUUUGGUGUCCAUGUGUGCCUUUCGGGAGAGCGGCCGAGAUUAUUGAUGAAGGAUCAAGUUCUUGUUUGGGUCAGGCAUCGAUUUUCACUGUGAUAGCUUGCUUAACGCCCUGUAUAUGCCUUUAUACUUGCUACUAUCGUUCUCGAUUGAGGGCUAAGUAUCAACUUCAAGAAACUCCUUGCAACGAUUGUUGUGUUCACUUUUGUUGUCUGGGCUGUGCAAUGUGUCAAGAGUAUCGUGAGCUCAAGAAUCGUGGUUUCGACAUGCAUAUUGGUUGGCAAGGAAACAUGCAGAAACAAAACCAAGGAUUAGAGAUCCCGCCCGUGGUCGAAGGACAAAUGAAACGUUGAAGCUUGAAAGACUUUUAAAAAAAAAAAAGAAUGGUUGUUUCCUGUUUGCAUUUCGUUGUCUGCGUCUUUUUAUUGAGUUCCUCUUUUCUAGUGUGUUGGUUUGUGCAUGUCAAGUUUCAAUGCAGUAUGUAAGUUCAGAUGUCAAUUGUUUGGAUUGAAUUUCCAGUUCAUUUAAGACCAAUAAAUAAUACCAAUGUUCGAGUAUG